GAGAAUACUGUUGAUGACGACGACGAUGGGAAUGAUCUCUGCACUGAACUAGCUAAAAGCACUAUUUGCCAGCCUUUACACGAAAGUGGUGAGAGCAGAAAAUGUGCAAAAUACCAGGAAACUACUACAAGAUGACCAACACUAAAUUUUGGUCCCGGAGGCAAUGUCUUUUUGUCGCAGCUGCUGUCUUUAUCAGCAGCCUUCGUGUUUCAUGCACUACAACAAUUGAAGAGCAAGAUGGUAGUGUAACAUGUGACGUUCCUUCGGUCGAGUCAAUGGACAGCACUUCGGUCACAUGUCAUUUUCCUGAGGAUGUUAGUCAGACAAAGAGAGAUUUUUAUGUCUCUUUCUACAAGGAUGAAAAAAGCGAAGAAGCAGUCGACAUUAUGGCAUGCUUGUGGCUGCUCGGAAAAAUAAGCUGUAUUGUGUCGCCUGGAUACAAAUUCACAGGAAAUAUAUCUCACAAGGCUUCCUUGGAGAUUCCACAAGCUUCAUUGAGACACGCUGGUAGAUAUGCGUGCCAGAUUUCAAACAUAAAUGCAAAUGAUAUUAAGCCCUGCGAAUUCAAAAUCAAGCUUGUAAACAAGACAAUGUGCUUUGUUCCAUCAGUUUCUCUGAUGGCGCAAACAUUACUGACAUGCUAUUUCCCAGAAGACUUCAACAAGACUAAAACGAACGUUGCUGUAUAUCAUAACAAAGGUGGAGACACAGAUAUCACAACUCCUGGUUAG